AGAAAUGUUUUGCAUAUUGUUCUAUUUUUCCCAAGGAUACUGAGAUGGAACGGGAUAUGCUGAUCGAACUUUGGAUGGCAGAAGGUUUCCUCCAUGCAGGUCUCGAGAACAAAACAAUGGAGGAAAUUGGAGAGUAUUACUUGGAAAUUUUAUUGCAGAGUUCUUUGCUGGAAGAAAUAGGAAAAUAUGGGAGAAGGUAUUAUAAAAUGCAUGAUAUGGUGCACGACGUCGCAACAUCAAUAAUGUCAAAGUCUGCUAAAGUCAUUAAUUCGGAGACUGGUUCAGAAGACAAUAGUAAUCAGGUUCGUUGUCUUGUAAUAGACUCAUUUGGAGAAGGCACAAAAAAUCUUUUUGAGAGUCCAUCAAAUUUGCUUCAUACAUUGUUUCUGAGUCAGGGUAGCUUAUCUGAUGAUAUGCUAAUGAGGUUGAAGAAUCUGCACGUUCUGAAUUUGUCCGGUGAAGAAAAUCAGAAUCUGCCAAUCUCAAUUGGCAAACUGAGACACUUGAGGUACAUCAACUUUGAGCGUUCUAGAAGUCAAACGUUGCCGGAAUCUGUUUGCAAACUUUAUAAUUUGCAGACACUGAGGCUAAGUCACUUUCUUAAAGUUCUUCCGAAGGGGAUGUGCGAUUUGAUUAGCUUGAGACAUCUCCACUUUCACACCUUUGAUAAAAAAUUUCAAAUGCCGCUAGAGAUGGGACGGCUGACUUGCCUUCAGACACUAGAGUUCUUUAACGUGGGUCGAGAGAAGGGUCGACGAAUUGGAGAGCUUGGAAGCUUGAAGAACCUCAAAGGCAGUUUGAGGAUAUGCAAUCUGGAACUAGUAAAGGAUAAGGAAGGAGCUGAGGAAGCAAAACUAUCUGAAAAGGCAAAUCUAUUUGAGUUGGUACUUGAGUGGGCAGAUGAUCGAGAAGGCGACGACUACAACGACGAAGAUGUGUUAGAUGGCCUUCAAGCCCACCCAAAUUUGGAGGAGUUGGCAAUUUGCAAUUUUAUGGGCGAUCAAUUUCCUCGAUGGUUAAUGGAUUUGCCAACAACAACAACAACACUCCCCGAGUCAGCAAUAACACUCCCCGAGUUAGCGCGUUUGCGAUUUUAUAGCUGCGACAGAUGCAGAGAACUCCUUCCCCUGCAAAACUUUGCGUCUCUUAAAGAGCUAGUGAUUGCUCGUUUCGAUGGGUUGACGAAUCUGCCAGGUGACAUGCUACACUCUUGUACCUCUCUCCAGAAGCUUCGGGUGGCUUAUUGCGACAAUCUUAUCUCCUUUCCGCUCAAUUUGCAACAAACGCCUUCUCUCUUGGAGCUGGAAUUAUACAGGUGUCCCAAACUGAAAACAAGCAUGACGCCCAAAGGAUUUGGUUUCCUAACCAGCUUAAGGGAGCUUAGCAUUGGUCCCUUCUCAGAAGAUGGUGAUGAUCAUGAAAAUUCUUCAAUUUACAAUGAGUUUGAUUGGUCUGGAUUGAUAUCCUCCUCUUCGUCAUCCGCACCCCGUGGAUUAGACUUAUGUGGGUUGCCACACAUGGAGUCCCUGCCACCUCAGAUCCAAUGCUUGACCGCUCUGACGUCACUAUGGCUAUACGACUUUGGAGGUAUAAAAGCUCUGCCAGAUUGGUUCGGAAACUUCGCUGCUCUUGAAGAGCUGCGGUUAUUUGGUUUCAAAGAGCUUGGACAUCUACCCUCUGAGGAUGCCAUGAGAAGUCUCACCAAACUAAAACGUCUGUGGGUUUUUGGUUCUCCUCUGUUAAAAGAAAGAUGCACUCCUGAGAGCAGCGGCCCCGACUCCCAGUGGUCCAAAGUUUCUCACAUUCAAGACCUACGCAUACGUUGAUUAAUAACCAACUUUCAUCUUCAGAUCAAAUUCAAUCAAGAUUGAUAGAAGAAUAGCUUCACGAACAGAGUGAUUUUGGGCACAAACCUCAACAGGGAACCUCAUCGAUGGCUCUUACCUACUGUCUUUACUUUUUGAAAGUCCUACAAUUCGUUGCUGAACAAGAUCCUGCUUCGGCUGAAUGGCAACAUCUAGGAUGGCAUUCUCUUUUCCUCUGUGCCUCAGAUGGUCAAAGUCUGAGAUAUCUAUUGGGCUGGCCUCUACAAACUGCCCACCAGAAUUUCUUUCCCAAGCUUAUGUAAUGUCUUCCAAGAUCAAAAGCCAUCAUUACCAUGAAUUUCUGCUAAUGAUCAUGGGGGGUAUGGUUGGCGAUAGAGCUUGUAUUAAAGAAACAGAUUGACAAUGAGGAGCUUGCAAAUUUUCAAGAAGUACUGUAAGGAUGAAAGAUUGCUCUCUCUGAAGUUUCAACUGUUGAAAAUGCAUUGGACAUUUUAGCUUCGACACCACAUGCAGCAAUUCUACAAACCUUUUCUAUAAGACUUUAAACCUGCAAUUCUCUACUGCACUCCUUCCUCCUGCACUUAGCAGGCAGAUUUUUGUGUCUCUCCCCGAGAUGAACAUAGAUUAGAUUUUUAUAGCUGGUAUUCAUUAAUUUUUGUUUUGCAUUUCCUACAAGUUACCCAUCAAUAUGAAAUACGCACUAGAAGUUUAGUUUGUUGAUUUUAUAUAUCUGCUUUUGUGGAUGUAAGAUGUGAUUGCUAAAGUGAUCAGCUCCCUAGCUUAUGAUUCUAGGGGGAUAAAUAGUUGCUGCAGAGUUUAAUCGCCUCUUGAAGGCGCAUUUAUCAAGCUUCUUGAACCAUUUGAUUAGUGAUUUGUUCGAUAAGUCUUGUAAAUGAUGGGUUUCUGUCUCACUUUUCCUUGGUUGUGAUUUUCUAGUCGUAAACAUUUCAGGAGUUUCCCAGAGCUGUUGGUCAUCAAAUUGGUUUUUUGAUUCUAAGAGUCCGCCAUGGAAGAUGUACUGUUCAUGCAGUGAAGCUGCACAGACUUGUUAUAGUAUCUUCUAACACAAUCAAGUCUAAGCUGCAAGUUUUGAAGCGUAUUGCUAUGGUUAGUCAAGACUGCCAAGCAUACUGGUUGCUACUUGCUGCAAUUAUUUCGUUCGCUAUGAUGAAGGCUAUUAAGCUCAUUUUGCCUUCUAUACUUGUUGGUUGCUGCUCUCUUCAUUGAUUUUGCACUUAGAGAUCAACAUUAACCUUGAUAGCUCGGUCUUACUAUCAUUUGUAAUGAAAGUCCUAUGAUCCCUUGCUGAACCAGAUCCUGUUUCAAUCAAAUCAGAUGAAAACAUCCGGGAUGGAAUUCCCUUUUGCUCUCUGCCUCGGAUGGCCAAAGCCUGAGAUCUUCCCUGUCUGUCUGAUGCUGUUAAACUGUCCAACCAAUUCAGCAAUUUGUAGACAUGUUAAUGAGGUGCUAUUUUACUUCUUUUGGAACUCAAUUUGCCAUAUCUUCCAUACUGCUUGUAGUUCAAAGCAGCAGAAAGAUGUGGAUUAGCUGAACCCUGAUAGGUGCUUGCAUCCUUCUUGAAGUUGUAUCUUAGCUCUAUAACAGGCAACAUAUUUUUUCUCACUGUUCUGCAGUCGACUACAAGUUGUGCCCAUUGAUACUUUUUCCAUUGCUCUUUGUAUCUGUAAAUCUCAGACAGGACUCAGAGCACAAGAAUCAGCCAGCUUGAGCCCUUCUAUUUAUGU